AUGUCAUCUCCAACUGAACCCCAAGACAGAACUGCAAAGUCCCCUUCACCAACCGACUCCGAAAAGGCCCAAGAAAGCUACGAUGAGUUCCUCAGAAUAUUGAGUGAACUUCAAACGGUUCUGCUUAAAGCCAUCAAGGAGAGCCAGAUCGAGGAACAAAAGAAGAUUUUUCUAUGCGCGGACAUCGACACAAUUAUCACCAAAGCCAACGGAAAGAUUAGUACCGGCACCGCCUUCAAGAGCAUGGACGAAAAGAAACGGCAGGAACUUAUCAACUGGCUCUUGGCAGCGUAUAACCACUCAGCGGAAGCUGCUAAUAAGGUAUUGGAGGAGACCACCGAGAAGUUGAGGACGGAAGAGGCGCACUUGAAGAAGAAACUGGAGAGGAACACCGAGGAGUGGAAGAGAACACAGGCGGCCGUGAAGGAGAAAAGAAAGCGCACUAUCGAAUCCCACGCGCCAGUUUCCGGUUUCCGGCGGCUCGUUGGUUCAGUGAAAAAUGGAUGUUGGUUGGAAAUUUCUGGCAAGGACGAAGACAAAGACAGCAGCCGGUGA